AUGAUCAUUGCUGUCGCCGCGCUGUCCUUGGCGAUUCAUGCGCGAGGUGCUGUUGGACAGGAUGCUUGCGAGUUCGGAUUACUUGGGUCUCGCGCGAGUCAGGAGGUCCUGGACCUCUGCGCUUCGGAGCUGCUGGAAGCCUUCGGCCUCGGAAGCGAUCCGAGUGAAGAGAUGGAUGCGGAGCAGCAAACACCCACCUGCUUUGGUAUCAUGCGUGGUCUGGGCUCUCAGUUUGGCUACGCUAACAACACCCGCCGAGUCUGUUGGGAGACUCCAAACAUAAAUUUGACUUCGGUGAGCUGCGAGGUCUUGAACAGCAUUGCUUGGGAAAUGAUGGUGCUCGCCUUGCGGCACCUUGCUCUCUGCAGCGGCUUGUUCGGAGACGUUGCGGAAGAGACUCAUGAGGCCAUGGCGGAUGAGGUUCUCCAGCUUGUGGAGACCCUCCUCUCGAAGGAGCUGGAGCUGCAAGACGCUGCACCUACAGGUUUGCUGAUGGGUGACAAGCUGAGGCACCUCCGCGCGGACUUGGUACAGCCUCUUCAAGCACAAGGCCACACACGUCAAGUCGUGUCCAGAUUGCUGGCCUUCGGCCGCAAAGCAUUUGAACACUCCAACUGGAUGGUCUGGCGAGACACCCACUUCCUCUGGCUUCAAGACUCUCUUCGCGAGGGACGCGUGGUCCACACCGCCUGGGGACCGUCUGAACGGUGGGAGGAACUGGGUGCCAACGACGCCCAUGCUGCGCACUCCCUCGUUGGAGGUAUGUCAAGGGCGCCAGCGUAUGGACUCGUGAACGAGGGCAGCCAGCGUCAGGACAUCCUGCAGAAUCUGCUGAGCCCCGGCCAGCUUGAGAACAGAGGAUGCAUAAGCUUGCUGGAUGGGAAAAAACUUCACCAAAGCCGUGGAGGUGAGCAGAUCCGUGUUGUGGAGAUCGGUGUCUUCAAAGGAAGUUUGUCCAAGUUCCUGCUGGAGAAGCUUCCUUUCGUGACUCUGCUGGGCAUUGACCCAUACAUUGGGACAGAUGGAACGUUUCCUGGGGACUUCUCAGAGACGAUGGAUCCAGACUUUGCUCUCUCACAGGCCGCUUCCAUUUACGAGAACUACAAAGAUCGAGCCCAACUUCUGCCGGUCACAUCCGAUGUAGCAGCCAGGAGCAUUCCUGACGGCAGCAUAGAUGCUAUUUUUGUGGACGGCUGCCACCUCUACGAGUGCGUUGACUCGGACCUGCAGAUCUGGCUACCAAAGCUAUCUGGUGCAGGAGCACUCGUUGCUGGACAUGACUUUUCACCGCAGUGGCCAGGAGUGGUUCGUGCCGUGCAUGAACACCGACGGGACGGACAACGGGUGGCCUACCGGGUCCCGGGAGCACCGAAUGCGGAAUGGGUUGACAUCUACAACCGGCUGUAUCGAGAAAGAAUUAUUUUCAUUGGCAAGGAAAUCGAUGACAAGUUGGCAAACGAGGUCAUCGGAGUUUUGCUGUAUUUGGAUUCCGAGGACAACAACAAGCCCAUAUACUUGUACAUCAACAGCGCGGGCGGAUCUGUGAUUGCUGGCCUGUCCAUCUACGACACUAUGCAGCAUAUCAAGUCCCCUGUGAUCACAAUCAACGUUGGCCUUGCAGCAUCCAUGGCCUCUUUCCUGCUCGCCGCGGGCGAGAAGGGCAAACGCAUUGCGCUGCCUCACAGUCGGAUCAUGAUCCACCAAGCGAUGGGUGGAGCGCAAGGCCAAGCAGAGGACAUCAAGGUCGAAGCACAGCAGAUUCUGCAAAUUCACGAGAACAUCGUGAGGAUGUAUUCCCGGGUGACAGGCAAAGACCAGGACACAAUCAGAGCAGACCUCAUGCGGGACAAUUUCAUGUCGGCAGAGCAGGCAAAAGACUACGGCCUCAUUGAUCAGGUGAUCCAGCUUUCGGAUGCCUCCGACCUGAAGGCCGUAGCGGAGAAAGUCUCCGAAGCCGGUGAAGCUCCGAAGGAAUCUGCGGCUCCGCCAUCCCCACCACCCGAGGUCCCAGACAAGCCGGAGGAUGGGAAUGAGGACGAGGUGAAGACCCUCAUGUGA